AUGUGGGGUAGCCGACUUCUGUCGGCCAUCACGUCAAGGACAUUUGCUGCGUUUCCCAAGGACGGGCAUGGCGUAGUCCCCGUUGACGUCUUUUCCUCUAAGGACCGUGAAUCGACCUUGUUAUCGAAUCGGCAAAGUGCUUUGAGGUGUGUUGCAGACGACGUAAGCGCUGGUGAAGCUGAAACGGUUGAACUGGAGCGUCCUGUUACGGUUGAUCUUGAGCGUCCUGCAGGGGUUGAGCAGCAAAAAUCACCUGCCGCUCAUGACUCUAGACAUGCAACUGGGCGCAGGGCUCCCUCCCCUGGAGUUCGGCCUUCCUCCCCUGGAAUUCGGCCUUCCUCCCCUGGAGUUCGGCCUUCCUCCCCUGGAAUUCGGCCUUCCGCGAGAUCUCCAGCCUCUGCGGCUUCUUCGACCAAAAGUGGAUUCAGGAAAAGUUCGCCUUCUGGGAAACUAUUUGGCAGUAUACAUUCCCCACCAUCAGCUCGCCAAGCGCUAGGGCAAUUGAGAAAGCGACUAGGAGAUGGCGAUGCAACGAUCCAAGUGGCUACUCUGCAACAGUGGCUGGAAGAGAAGCUUUCGGAGGGGCGCAUUCCCCGUGAUGAGUUGAUGAAGGCGGUAAUAGCAAUUACAGGGGAAGGGUUGAAAUUUGCAGACAAAACGGUGCCAUCAACAAAGACGGACCUGCUAAGAAGAACUGCAAAUCAAUUGAGCAUAGGACCAUCGGAACUACGACGGCUAGCGCAGGAAGUGAAGCACGACCCUUCGUUGUUGACACACCAAGUGGCUCCUCCCGCUGAGUCGCCGCCGCGCUAUCCUGCAUACCCAAAGGAUACCACGACGAUCGAGACUCUGCAAUCUCGCAUCCCGCCGCCUAUCUCGCAGGCAUCAACGCCAGCGAGCAUCUCUCUUGAACAUCAAGAGACGCAGGAGGGAACAUCAGGCGUCACUGAACAACUCAAGGUUUAUCAACCGGUUGAGACCGUUGAUCGAAUCAAGGUUCCUGAGUCAAUGGAGACCCCCAAGACUCGGAAGAGGCCCUCGUUGGAACUGAAAAUACCAGUUUCGCAGGGGUCUACGUCUGAAGCCGAAGGGAAAACUGAGCUAGAGCUGCAUCCUGCUCGCGAAAGUGACUGGCUGUUGGAAAUAAAGGAGUUGUUAAAGGGUCCUGCGCCGCCCACACCUUCUCCACAGGUGGAGGAGGCCCCCUCGUUCUCGCCGGAAACUCAGAGCCUAUUGGCAUCUAUACCGCCUCUGCCAGGAAAACCAAUACCAGAAUCCACCGAAGACCUCCUGGAAUAUUCUCCUUACGUUGGAGUUGCACCGCGUUGGGUGCCGUCCCUCGAUGAAGACUGGAUGGACCAGGGGAGUCUUAGCACUGUAUCAACCACAGUGGAGUCAUUGGAGGGACCAUUGGAUGAUAUUUCUAGGCAGGUAGACGCCAUCAUUGCAGAGUUGCAACUGCCUUCGGACUCUGAAGUGCAAUUUGCAUCUGAGGGAACUUCAGCAGGCCCGGUAUCUGAAGCAGAGCCAACUGUGGAAGGCCCGCGGGCUUCGAGUCCGGAGAGCAAAGGGGCACCGGUGGAUGAGGAGGCCACUGGGGGGAUAGGAGGAAGAGAGACGGAGCCUGAAGAAGCCUCACUAAGAGAUGAGGAGCCCCCCAGGGAAGGCGGGUCCCAACAGCCCCGCGGCUUCAGUGGGGAGGCAGUUCGAAUUCCCGAGUCUCAGCCCGACCAGAGUGAGCCGAGCUCAAUGCAGUCAGGCUCUCCGCCAAGCAGCAAGGAGGAAGUUUCCUUGGAGCUGGCGCCGCAUGUGUCCAGGCCUCUGCAUGCCACAGGCAGCAAGCGUGAGAGCCCAAAAGCAGUGGAUAUGGCGUUCAGCACGGAUAUCCGACAAGACCGCCCGAGACUUUGGGAAAGGACUAAGGCUGUUGCGAAGGAACACAAAACAAUGCUCAAAGUGACGGGAGGGGUGGCCCUCGGGGCUCUUGCAAUUGCAGGAUUGAUGCUAUUUAACAGAAGGCUGCGCCGCCGUGUCCCUAGUUCAAGUCCUCUCAUCAGCACAGUGGAGCCGAAGAAGUGCCAGGUGCUUGUUGAUUUUGAAAAGGGGAGGAAAUUAGAGAUUAUGGGGAGAGUGGCACGCAUUGAAAAAGUCCAUGUGAACAACACGAAAAGGACCCUGACUGUGGAAUACCUGGAGAAGCCAGCCUUACGGUGCUCGCGUGGUCGCGAACUAUUAAAAUGGUUCAAGUACUACGGCACUUUUGGUAUGUCGCUUGUCCGUCGAGUGGAAACUAUACCAUUUCCAGAUUCGUGUAUGGCUGGGCCCUACUCGAGGUUUCAAGUUGCAGAAGGAAACGGUUCCGUUUUCCGCUUACUGGUUGACCUUGAGCUGAACCCAGGGCCGCUGGCUGUCCCCAGGGAGCUGAUGGAAGCCGGUCGGCUAGAGGAACUUCUUGGGAACUACGGGAACGACCCACUUUGGAAGUUAUAUGGCGAUUGCGUUAUGCACAUCACGAUCGACCAGCCAUUUAGGGGUUCUCCCAUUGUUGUGGUAGAAAGUGCUCGUGCUCGAGUAGGAUUUCAAAACCCAGAGCUGAAGCACCUCAGCAGUCCGCUGCCAAGGGAGUGUGACUGGAGGCAGCCUUGGGAACUCCGUAUUGCAUACAAGAGUACAAAUGGUGGGCCGGUGGACCUCUUAUUGCUGAUGAAUGCAGCGGAUCCGCCGUUAGAAGAAACCAUAGUCCUUGAAAGAGAAGAAGGUGACGCAGCGUUAGAGGAUCCCGAUGACGUGUUGCAAGAUAUUCGCACGUUAUUCGCAGAGUGA